AAUGAAUGUGGUUAAGUCAGUUGGGUGGGAAUUGAAAAUAUUUGCAAUCUAAUGUGGGCUUUCGUUACCGGUUCACUGCAUUGCUGCUGGAAGUAUUACAACGUGACGAUCGUGAACUAGCUGCUUGGCUAAUUUACACGAUUUAUCAAUGAAAGUGGCUACGGUUGUAUUAAACCAUCGUGUAUGCAGGAAUCACAGGGGAAAAUGAGUGUCCCCGAUUACAUGCAAUGUGCCGAAGACCAUCAAUCGGUGCUGGUGGUUGUCCAGCCGGUCGGCAACGUGCCCGAGGACCAGUUCUUCAAGAUCUACAAGCGCAUCACCAGCGUGAGCCACGUGAGCAUCAGGGACUCCCAGCGCCUCCUCUACAUUCGCUACCGCCACCACUACUUGCCCGAUAACAACGAGUGGGGCGACUUCCAGACGCACCGCAAGGUGGUGGGCCUGGUGGCCGUCACCACCUGCGGCUCCCCCAAAGACUGGCCUCUGACGGCCGAGCACUUCCACAGCCAGAAGGAAGUGUACGGCUCCACGCUGUACGACUCCAGGUUGCUGGUGUUCGGGCUCCAAGGGGAGAUAGCCGAGCAGCAGAGGACGGAUGUGGCCUUCUACCCCAGCUUCGAAGACUGCGCCGACGUGGAGAAGAAGGUGGAGGACUUUGUGGAGUCCAUAUUUAUCGUGCUGGAAUCCAAACGGCUGGACCGUGCCAUCGACAAGUCGGGUGACAAGAUCCCUCUGCUGUGUGUGCCCUUUGAGAAAAAGGACUUUGUGGGUUUGGACACUGACAGCAGGCAUUACAAAAAGCGGUGCCAGGGACGCAUGAGGAAACACAUCGGCGACUUGUGUCUACAAGCGGGCAUGCUGCAGGACGCCCUGGUUCACUACCACAUGGCCGUGGAGCUGCUCAGGGCUGUUAAUGACUUCCUCUGGUUGGGGGCUGCAUUGGAGGGUCUUUGUUCGGCCUCUGUCAUAAUUCACUAUCCCGGAGGCACGGCGGGGAGGACGCUCCAUCACAAGGGAAAUAUCUCUCAGGCAGUGGAUGCAGGGAAGCGCCACAGACCAGGGGCUCAGGAGGUUCUCAUUGACCCAGGCGCCCUCACGGCCAACGGCAUCAGCGCCGACACCAGCGCGGAGAUCGGGCGGGCGAAGAACUGCUUGAGCUCGGAGGAUAUUAUUGAAAAGUACAAAGAGGCUAUCUCCUACUAUGGAAAGUAUAAGAAUGCGGGCGUGAUCGAACUGGAGGCCUGCGUGAAGGCGGUGCGGGUGCUGGCCAUUCAGAAGAGGGCUCGAGAGGCUUCGGAGUUCCUGCAGAAUGCCGUUUACAUCAACCUGGGGCAGCUCUCCGAGGAGGAGAAGAUCCAGCGGUACAGCAUCCUAUCCGAGCUGUACGAACUGAUCGGCUUUCGCCGCAAGUCGGCGUUUUUCAAGCGUGUCGCCGCCAUGCAGUGCGUGGCCCCCACCAUCCCGGAGCCCGGCUGGAGGGCCUGCUACAAGUUGCUGCUGGAGACGCUGCCCGGGUACAGCCUUUCCCUCGACCCCAAGGACUUCAGUAAAGGCACCCACCGAGGCUGGGCCGCCGUCCAAAUGCGUCUCCUGCACGAGCUGGUGUACGCUUCCCGCCGCAUGGGUAACCCCGGCCUCUCCGUACGCCACCUGUCCUUUCUGCUGCAGACCAUGCUGGACUUCCUGUCCGAUCAAGAGAAAAAAGAAGUGACCCAGAGCCUGGAAAAUUACACCUCCAAGUGCCCGGGUGGAAUGGAGGUCAUCACCCUACCGGAUGGCCUUAAACUCCCGCCGGUUCCUUUUACUAAGCUUCCGAUUGUCCGGUCGGUGAAGCUUCUUAACCUCCCGGUGAGUCUGCGUCCUCACAAGGUGAAAGGCCUGCUGGGUCCCAAGGUGUCCACGGCCAGCCCCUUUAUCUACUCGCCCAUCGUCAUGCACAACAGAGGAGAGGAGCGCUGCAAGAAGAUCGACUUCCAGUGGGUACAAGGAGAUGUUUGCGAGGUGCAGCUCAUGGUCUACAACCCCAUGCCGUACGAGCUCCGCGUAGAGAACGUGGGUUUGCUGACCUCCGGAGUCGAGUUCGAGUCCCUCCCUGCUGCGCUGUCCCUGCCUGCAGAGUCCGGCCUCUACCCCGUCACUUUAGUGGGCGUGCCACGAACCUCUGGCAACAUCACGGUCAACGGCUACCACACUUCGGUGUUUGGCGUGAGCAGCGAUUGCCUACUGGAAGGUCUGCCCGGCGUCAAGACUGAUGGAUGCCUCGUGGAGGUCAUCCCAUCACUUCCUCGUCUCCAGCUCAGUACAUCACUGCCACGGUCGACCCACACACCUCAGCCCAUGUCCAAAGAGGAGCUUUCCAGCACUGUGUCCAUGCAGCUUUUCAACGGCGAGGGCCAGCAGAUGACCAUCACCUUGGAGAACAUCGGCUGCGAGGACAUCGAGAGUCUGGAGCUCGCCUCCAAGAUAGUCACUACCAAAGAGAAAGUGUUUGGGGAGUUUCUGACGUGGGACCUGGGGGAUGUUUCAUCUCACAUGCCUCUUAAACCCGGCCAGGCUGUCACGUUGACAGUCGACAUUAAUGUCAAACUGGACUUCUCCGGCCAGGAGAACCUGUUGCAGGACCUCAAUGACGAUGGAAUCAGUGUGACAGGCCUGCCAAUCUCCAGUCCUUUGCGUCAAGUCCUCAAGCCCAGGCCCGAAAGCAAGGCCGUCAGCGGCGAGUCCGGCAAGGGGGAGUACAGUCAUAUUAAGACUUUAGAGGCAGUCCUUAACUUCAAGUACUCCGGGGGGGGCGGCAAAGUGGAGGGCUACUACAGGGAGCUGUCCGUCGGAGUCCACGUUGACGUGGAACCGUCGAUGUUCUUCACCAGAGUUAGCACCCUUCCCGCUACCAGCACCCGCCAGUGUCAUCUGCUACUGGACAUCUUCAACCCAACAGAGCACGAGCUCACUGUCAGUGCCAAGAACAACCAGGACCUGGUUCUCCAUGCCAGCGAGUGCCAAAGGAUGGCCAUCCAGGUUGACAAGUUUGACUUUGAGAGUCUGCCCGCGCCCAACCAGGAGACAAUUCACUUCGCUAACCCCAGACAGCUGGAGGAGGAGCGACAGCAUGCUCAGGGCUGCCAGAUCAACAGUAAACUGGGCAUCUGCUGGAGCAUCCCUUCCCUGCGGCGCCACGGCGAGGCCAGCGUGGAAGGAGUCCUCAACCAGCUGGUCCUGGAGCACCUGCAGCUCGCUCCCUUGCAGUGGGACGUGUUGGUGAACGGGAAGCCGUGCGACUGCGACGUCAUCGCCGACUGCCAAGUGGGCGACGCCGUCUCCUUGGAGAUCAAGCUGACCAAUCGGAGCAAGAACUCCGUGGGCCCCCUGGCUCUGACCGUGGUGCCUUACCAGGACUACCAGAACGGGGUUCAGAACUACGACCUGGGCGAGGCCGUCACCUUCAUCGGCUCCAACACCUUCUGCAUCGACACGGUCAAACCCAAAGAAAAGUCCAUCUGCAUGGGCGCUUUGCUCUUCCUCUACACUGGAGACUUCUACCUUAGCAUCAAGUUCCAGGACGACAGCGCUGGACGAGAACUGCCGUUGGCCUGGUUCACUCUGCCCAGCGUCCACAUCAGAACACUGGACACACUUCUGCAGGCCCCGGCCUGAUUGGCCCGCAAAACUCGUGCAUUUAGUGUUAAUAUCUGUAAAUAAGUUAGGUUGCCAACUAGCCUGCUGAGCUAGCCCGACUCGCUACCAUGUGCCAGUCUUAUAGCUAAGAUGUAAAAGUUGGUAAGUUAUUUUUGGUUUUUCCUCCCAACUGAACUACAGAUGAGCACUCAUUUAAAUGUAAAUAAACAAAAUCAUCAAAGCUG